AUUUUCAAGACCCUAGAACUGGACGUGCAGCUGUUGCGGGGUUUUGCGGCGUCAACGGAAGUUCCUCUGUUGGCUGAAGUGUACGAUGAAGUCAGUCAGCUGAUUGACCUUUUCCGUACCGCCGCGCUCGAUGACUAUUUAAAGCCAGACACACG